AUCCCACACUUAUCUCUUCCAAUCUCUCUCUCUCAAAACCAAAACUAAAAAUAAAGAAAAGUUAUAAAAAAAAACUAUAUCUCUCUUCUUUUGCCACGUAGACAUGGACGUCGAACAUCACAAAUCCGGCCACAUCAGUAGACCAACGGUGGAUAUUCCACCGAGAAAGCUUCUUUCCUCCGCCAAGUCUCCGUCGUCAGUUUCAAGUCCCCUUCGAGACUAUAAAGAUCAGAAAGACUAUUGUUACGACUCCGACUCCGAAGAUCCUUACGCCGGAGACCAUUUUCGGAUGUAUGAAUUCAAGAUCCGACGGUGCACACGUAGCCGUAGCCACGAUUGGACCGACUGUCCUUUCUCGCAUCCCGGUGAAAAGGCUCGUCGUCGUGACCCUCGCCGGUAUCAUUACACCGGCGAGGUAUGCCCUGAGUUUAGCCGCCACGGUGGCGAUUGCAGCCGUGGCGACGAAUGCGGAUUUGCUCACGGUGUUUUCGAGUGUUGGCUCCACCCGAGUCGGUACCGUACCGAGGCUUGUAAAGACGGUAAGCAUUGUAAGAGGAAAGUCUGUUUCUUUGCUCAUUCUCCACGUCAGCUGAGAGUUCUUCCACCGUCGCCGGAGAAUCUCGUUUCCGGUGGUUGCGGUGGAUCACCGUCGUCGCCGGCGUCCGUGUUAAGUAGUAAAAAUAAUAGGUGCUGCUUGUUUUGUACUCACUCUCCGACGAACACUCUCUUGGGUUUAUCACGAUCACCGUCGUCAUCUCCGCCUCUGUCUCCGGCUGAUAAAGCCGCUGCAUUUUCACGGCUGAGCCGCCGUCGCACGGCCGUACUAAACGAACUGAUUAGUUCUUUAGAUUCCUUUAGUCUCACGGAAGCACUCGCGGCCUCUUCGUCUUCUCCUGUUACCAUGCCCGUUUCCACUGCGGCGAUGAUCGCUUCAUCGAGUCUAAGCAACCACCACCACCACCGUCUUCCACCGUGGCUAGAUGUCGGAGAAAGAGAUCUCCAAUUACAACAGAGUAGUCCUCCACAAUUUGCUCUUUCCCUUUCUUCUACUCCAAGUUACCUCCACGGCCAGCUUCAACCGCCGCCGUCAAGCUUCUUUAGCGAUGAAUUCACACCACGCGGUGGCCGGUUAAGCGAUUUCACGGCGGCUGCAGCUGCGGCGGCCAAAGCUAGGGAUAAGAAUAGCUUUGAAGUCGGUUCUAGUGGCGAUCUUGAUCUCGGAUGGGUGAACGAUCUUUUGACAUGAACAAUGUGACGUUAACGGUGAAUAAUCGGAGAUAUUUUAC